AUGCCUCCCAAGAAAGGCAAGACGCCGUCGAAGGCGACCGCGGCCAAGAAGGGCGCGUCCGCCGCCUCCGCCCUCGCCGCGCCGUGGGCCGCGUCCGCGUCCGACGUCGCGUCCGCGCACGGCGUCGAUCCCGCCAACGGUCUGACGUCCGCCGCCGCGCGCGACGCGCUCGCGAGACACGGCCCGAACGAGCUCGACAAGGAGGACGGCAAGCCGCUGUGGAAGCUCGUGCUCGAGCAGUUCGACGACGCGCUCGUAAAGAUCCUGCUCGCGGCCGCCGCGGUGUCGUUCGCGCUCGUGUGGGUCGAAGAUCGCGCGCCGGGCGCGCCGAUAGAUCUCGUGGACUUCGUCGAGCCGGGCGUCAUCCUCCUCAUCUUGAUCCUCAACGCCAUCGUCGGCGUGUGGCAGGAAUCGAACGCGGAGAACGCGCUCGAGGCGCUCAAAGAGAUGCAGUCGGACACCGCGCGGGUGCUUCGCGACGGCAAGUGGGACCACGCGUUCCAAGCGCGAGAUCUCGUCCCGGGGGACGUCGUGGAGGUGCGCACGGGCGACCGCGUCCCCGCGGACGCGCGCGUCGUCACCCUGAAGACAGCGACGAUCCGACUCGAGCAAGCGUCGCUGACCGGGGAGUCCGUCGCGGUGAACAAGGAUAUCGACGCGAUCGACGACCCGGACGCGGAGCUGCAGGCGAAGGGGUGCAUGCUCUUCGGAGGCACCGCGGCGUCGCAAGGCGCGUGCGUCGCGAUCGUCACGCACACCGGGAUGCGAACCGAGAUUGGUAAGAUCCAGGCGCAGAUCCAGGCGGCGAGCGAGGAGGAGGAGGACACGCCGCUGAAGCAAAAGCUGGACCGGUUCGGGGACCAGCUCACGUGGGGGAUCGGGCUCGUGUGCCUCUUCGUUUGGCUCAUGAAUUACCAGUUUUUCAUCUCGUGGAAGCGCGCGCCGGGGUCUUUCGUUCCGUACGACGUCGAGUUCAACUUCGCCAAGUGCACGUUUUACUUCAAGAUCGCCGUCGCGCUCGCGGUCGCGGCGAUCCCGGAGGGCUUGCCCGCGGUCAUCACCACCUGCCUCGCGCUCGGGACGAGGAAGAUGGCGAAGAAGAACGCCAUCGUUCGCAAGCUGCAAUCGGUCGAGACGCUCGGGUGCACGUCCGUAAUCUGCUCGGAUAAGACCGGCACGCUGACCACGAACAACAUGUCCGCGGUGAAGCUCGUCGUGCCCACGAUCAAACCGGACGUCCUCAAGACGUACGACGUCACCGGGACGUCGUACGACGCGAGCGACGGCGCCGUCGUCGGCGCGCCGAAGCCGACGAAGUCCAAGCCGUUGGACGCGUCUCUCGCCGCGGUGAGCAAAGUGUGCCGCGGCUGCAACGACGCGGUGAUCGAGAUGGACGCGCACGGGCACGCGAAGUGCGCGGGGCAGCCCACGGAGGGCGCGCUCCGCGUGCUCGCGUCGAAGCUCGAGCGCGGCGCGAAGACGAAGGACGACGACUUCAAGAAGAUGGCGACGCUGGAGUUUGACCGCGACCGCAAAUCCAUGAGCGUCGUGAUCGCGCCGACGGGCGGCGGCAAGGCGAACGCCAACGCCAACGAGCUCCUCGUCAAGGGCGCGCCCGAGCACGUCCUCGAGCGCUGCGCUUUCGUCCAGCUCCCGAACGGCGACGUCGUGCCGCUGACGAAGGCGGCGCGCGCCGCCGUCGUGAAACGCGCGGAGACGAUGAGCGCCGACGCGCUUCGAUGCCUCGCGUUGGCGACCAAAUCGGGCGCGUCCCUCGGCGCGCUCGCGUCGUACGACGGCGCGACGACCCACGCCGCGCACGCGAGUCUCGCGGACGCGAGCGGGUACGCCGCGAUCGAGAGCGACCUCGUGUUCGUCGGCCUCGCCGGGUUGAGAGACCCUCCGCGGCCCGAGGUGAGGGGCGCCGUCGCCGCGUGCGCGAGCGCGGGGAUCCGCGUCGUCGUCAUCACCGGCGAUAACCGGCUCACCGCGGAGGCGAUCUGCGUCGACAUCGGCGUCUUCGACUCCGCGGAGGACGUCGCGGGACGGUCGUUCACCGGGCGCGAGUUUGGCGCGAUGACCAAGGCGAAGCAGUUCGCCGCGUUGACCGCCCCCGGCGGCUGCGUGUGCUCUCGCGCCGAGCCGAAGCAUAAGCAAGACAUCGUGCGUCUCCUGAAGGAGCGCGGCGAGAUCGUCGCGAUGACUGGCGACGGCGUGAACGACGCGCCCGCGCUGAAGCUCGCGGACAUCGGCAUCGCGAUGGGGAUCACCGGCACCGCGGUCGCGAAGGAGGCGUCCGACAUGGUGCUCGCCGACGACAACUUUAGUAGUAUCGUCGACGCCAUCUCCGAGGGACGCUCAAUCUACAACAACAUGAAGGCGUUCAUUCGGUACAUGAUCUCCAGCAACGUCGGCGAGGUGGUCUCCAUCUUCCUCACCGCCGCGCUCGGAAUGCCGGAGGGUCUGAUCCCCGUGCAGCUGCUGUGGGUGAACCUCGUCACGGACGGCCCGCCCGCGACGGCGCUCGGGUUCAACCCGCCGGACGUCGACAUCAUGACCAAGACGCCGCGCAAGAAGGACGAGGAUCUCAUCUCCGCGUGGGCGCUCGUCAGGUACCUCGUCGUCGGCCUCUACGUCGGCGCCGCGACCGUCGGCGUCUUCGCGGUGUGGUACACACGCAGCUCGUUCCUCGGGAUCGACCUGUCCGGGGACGGCCACACCACGGUGACGUGGCAUCAGCUCUCGCACUGGGGCGAUUGCGCGUCGUGGGGAUCGUCGUUUAAGGGCGGGAAGUACUCGGCGGGGGGCGCCACCUUCGACUACACCUCUCCCGCGAACAAGUGCGACUACUUCACCGAGGGCAAAGCGAAAGCGAGCACGCUAUCGCUCACGACGCUCGUCGUCAUCGAGAUGUUCAACGCGUGCAACGCUCUGAGCGAGGACAUCUCUCUCUUCGUCAUGCCGCCGUGGAUAAAUCCGUGGCUGAUGGUGGCGAUGUUUUCAUCCUUCGCGUUGCACUUUUUGAUCCUGUACGUCCCCGCGCUGGCGACCAUCUUCAGCAUCGUGCCGCUGGACGCGAACGAGUGGGCGCUCGUGUGCGCGUGCGCGGCGCCGGUGUGGCUCAUCGACGAAGUCUUGAAGUUCAUCGGCAGGAACUUCAUCAUGGAGGGCAAGACGACGACGGAAAAACAAAAAAAACCGGCGGCGAAGAAGGUGGCCGCCGCGAAGAAGAAGAACUAAUAAGACGUGAACGACGGCCACCGCGCGCACCGCUCACGCGACACCGCUAACAUCUUAACAUCUACUACUCCACACCACUGCUGUACUAUGUAUUCGCGUGGUUUUUGGAAUAUCAUAUUACGCCUAUUACGAUAUC